CCCCACAAUGGCCGAUGCCCUCCCCUUCCCCAGCGGCGCCUGCCCGGCCUGGCCCGGCCCACGUCUGUCACCCGUGACCUUGGCCUCCCCACCCCGCCCGUGUCUGUUUGUCUUUCCAGUCCAGCUCAUCGCCCGGCCGGUCACCGGGUGUUGACUCUGCACAUUCCUCCCCGGCCGGGCCCACCGCUGGAAGCCAUCACCCGGGGCUGGCACGCUGCCCUCCCCACUGCCGGCCCACCAGGCCGGGCUCCGGCUGCUGAUAACUUCAGGGACUUCCCGUGAGGAGGAGGAGGAGGAGGAGGAGGAGGGAGAGGUAGCCCUCGGCGACUGGCACUGCUUGGGAACCGGGGUGUGGAUUCUUGCUGCCUCCAGCCCGGGUCUGCCCUGGUCUCAGCCCGUCUCGGCUCUCCCCAGGCAGCGCUGGGACCCAUCCCGUGCCCACCAGCACCAUGGCAUCGGGGUGGUCCUGCCGGCUCCUCCUGCUGCUCCUGCCUGCCCUGGUCGGUGCCGGGGGGGCUGGAGGUCCCAUUCUCUUCAACCGCCCCUUCGUCACCAUCUGGAACAUCCCCACCGAGCGCUGUGCUGAGAAGUACAACGUAACCCUCAACCUGGAGGUCUUCGAUGUGUUGGCCAACGACCAGCAGUCCUUCGUCGGACAGGAUAUCACCCUCUUCUACGCCAAGGAGCUGGGGCUUCUCCCCUACUACACACCUGAGGGGGUGCCAGUGAACGGGGGGAUCCCCCAAAAUGCCAGCCUGGAGGCCCACCUCCGCCAGGCCACCCGUGACAUCGAGGUCACCCUGCCCAACCCUGCCUAUGAUGGGCUGGCUGUCAUCGACUGGGAGAAGUGGCGCCCGCUGUGGGUCCGCAACUGGGACUCCAUGGACAUCUACCGGCAGAAGUCGGAGGAGCUGGUGCGGCAGCAGCACCCGCAGUGGCCCCCUGACAUGGUGAUGGAGGAGGCCAAGAAGCAGUUUGAGCAGAGCGCCCGUGACUUCAUGGAGAAGACCCUGCAGCUGGGUGAGACCCUCCGUCCUGACGGCUACUGGGGUUUCUAUGGCUUCCCUGACUGCUACAACGAUUUCCACGGCCUGCCCUACGCCGGAACGUGCCCAACGGUGGAGCAGCAGAGGAACAAGGAGCUGCGGUGGCUCUGGAAGAGCAGCCGGGCGCUCUACCCCAGCAUCUACCUGCCCCCCAUCUUCAACGGCACCGGCAAGGCUCUCACCUACGUCCGGCACCGUGUGGCUGAGGCCUUUGCCGUCCAGCGUGGUGUCCUCAACAGCAGCAUCCCCGUCCUGCCCUACUCCCAGAUUGCCUUCGACUGCACCGUCGACUUCCUCUCCCAGGAGGACCUGGUGAACACCAUCGGGGAGAGCGCAGCUCAGGGCACCGCUGGCAUCAUCCUCUGGGGCAGCCUCAACUACAGCAGCUCCAAGGAGAUGUGUCUGAGGCUGAAGGACUACAUAGAGGGGCCCCUGGGCCACUACAUCGUCAACGUGACGACCAGCGCUUCUCUGUGCAGCCAGAGCCUGUGCUCCGGCCGGGGUCGCUGCGUGCGCCAGGAGAACAAGAAGGGCUUCCUCCACCUUGACCCCUUCCGCUUCGCCAUCAAACUGCAAGCUGGCAAGCCCUGGCUGGUGGCACAGAGCCUGGAGUCCAGCGGUGACGACAUCUCCCGGCUGGCCCAGGAGUUCAGCUGCCAGUGCUACCACAAGUGGCAGGGACCUCGCUGUGACACCCAGGGCUUUGCAGAGUGAGGUCCCCACACCGUGCCGGGCACACCGGGGAGGGCAGGGUGACCAUCCCCAUCAACCUUCACUGUGGGGCUGGAAACCCGACCGUGGGGCUGCUAAUAAAGCUG